AUGGAAACAGGCAGCUCUCAAGCUCCAGUGGCGGAGAUGAAAACAUCCGCAGCACAUGAGCUAUCUUCGGACUGCUGGGAUGUGGCAUAUGAUAUCCACAUCCCAUUUGAUGUGCUCUUCAUGGUUCCAUUCUCAAUUGUCCUUGGACUUGUGCAUACAUACCAUUCUCAUGUGUACAACAAUGUUGAUAACAUCUGGCUCAACAGUGUGGGAGUCAUUGGUGGAGCCCUAGUCAUUCAUGGCCUCCUAUGGUUUGCUUCUCGCGGCUGGAUGGAACCAGUUACAGGAAAGCCUUCAGAGGAUGAUGAUGACGAAACCAGUGAAGACGAAGAUACUGUUGGUGACCAACAAGACAUUGCUUAUGAAGUUUGGUUGCGCCAAGCCUUCGCCUGCAGAUCCAUUGGAGCCGACGCCUAA